UCAGAUUCAAACCUACUACGAUAAAAGAGAAAACAACUGAAUCGAUGCUCUUGUGAGUUCACUGAUGGCAGUUGAUUUGAAUUUUGCUUCGUUGUUUCAAAAUCUCAAGUUAGACGAUCAAUGGCUGCCUUCCAAACCCUGGGAAUCGAUACCUUUCGAAAGUGGAGUCUCGCUGUCCGGAAGCUGUAACUCAACUCCAGAACCUCUUUACGAUCCGUCGACAGUCUCUGAGGCCAGUUUGGUGAGGUUGGUUAUUAAUGCAUUACAAGGCGUCCAGUCAGCUCUUGACGGCAUCGAAAAACUCUCUGCUGCAUUUUGUGCUGAUCCAGCUGACAGAACCUCUCAUCGAAUUCCUAGCCUGUGGCAUCGGUCCUUGAGCACUAAAGCGUUGGGAAAUAUUCUUAAGUCUAUAGGACGGUCAGGUUUUCAUGUUCUACUCAUCCGCAGAUUUGUUGAUUAUUUUCUUUGUAGAAACUCAAAUUUAGAUGUGAAAGGCAGAGAGGGCAAGGAUAUGGGAAGGAAAGUUGUGGGUUCAGAACCUUCUGAAAGUCAAAUUCAUUGUCGAGAUAAAGCAGGCAUUGAACUUCGAUAUAGUCUUGUUAAUCAAGCAUUCGCUGUUGCAGUUGGAAAAGUCUUAGAAGGAUACAUCUGUGCUCUAGAUACGUUAUAUGCUUCAGUAGAUCUUAGGCGUUCAUCCAAAAAUGUGGAUUCGUCUCAACCUGAUUUUUCUGGAGUAGGCUGUCUCACAACAGUGGUGCAUUCUCGUAUCACUCUCCUUGAAGUUUACCUACACACGAAGGAACUAAGGACUCAUGUUGAGGCUCUUGGAAAUAUAUGCCUUCUCAAGAAUGUAGAUACUGAUUUAUCGCUAUCUUCUCUUGAAGAUUCGAUUACAGAAGCCAGCACAGAGUUCUGUAACUUCCCCAUGGCCGGCAAUUUGCUUACGUACUUGUAUACUCAGCUCCGAGAUGCUGAUCCAGUUCACCGGGCACUUCUUAAGUUUCUGUUUCUCUGUUCAUGUGAACCAUAUUGUGGGUUCAUCAAAUCAUGGAUUUACCAAGCAAGGAUUACUGAUCCUUACAAGGAGUUUUUUGUAGAGUGUGUAGAAAACUCUCCUCUUUAUUCACAUGGUAACGCAGGCUUCUGUUAUGAUUACUCAUUGGGAUUUGUCAAGGAACAAACUGGAGUCACAAUACCUUGUUUUCUGAAAGACUUCUGCAUUCCCAUUCUUCGAGCGGGUCAGCAGCUUCAAGUGCUAAUUAAAUUGCUUGAUCUAUGUAAUUAUAUGGGUAGUGGAUAUCAUAAUUAUGAGGAUGUCCUUCCCUGCUGGAAUGGUUCUUCAAGCGAAAAUAUAUCCUAUUUUUCCUCGUUGACUUUCAACAAAAGAAGCAUAGAAGAGAUUAUACUUACUAGGGAAAGUAUGUACAAGAUGAUGCAGGAAAAACUGCAAAAUUUCUUUACAGGAAUAGAUAGCAGAUGUCAAAAGGUAAUCCCUAUCUUUGGUGAUAACGGUAUGGGAAAUCUAAAUUUUCAAGUUCCAUGUACAUCAAAUGACAGCUUGUUUUCCCCUUCCUCAACUACUGAUGAUGGAGACUCAAAUUUAGUUGGUGUUACCAAGGAUUCUGAUGUUUCUAGCACAGCUGAGUCCUCUUGUCUGGUUGAUCCCUUGGACUCUUCAGAAUCUGAAUCUUUGGAUAGUUUUGAAGAGCAAACUGAGAUGGAGAGGCUCCCUGAGAUGCGUGGUAGUUUGAUUGGGAUGGAACCUAGGUAUUUCUCUGCUUCAGGUUUAUCAACAAUUUUACCAAUAGCAAAUUUAUUGCAAAAACCUACUCAAAGUGAGAAUCUACAUGCUUUGGAAGUUUCUUCUCAUAAAACCUGUGGAAGAAUGGAUUCAGUCAAUCCUAUCCUGAAUCCUUGUCAAAACGAAAUAAAUUCAGUGCAUUGUCAGUUAGAGGACUCAACAAUGGCCAGGAUGUCAGAGAUUCAAUUUGCAGAUAACCAGUCUGAUAUUUGUUGGCCACUUGGAGGGCUUUCAAAAAACCCUUUUUAUGUUGAUGAAAAGUAUAGAGGUGAGUCACAACAUCUCAACAACAGUAACCUAAAGGUUGUAGACAGAAAUAUGAAAAUCUUGAAGGUGGGAUGUCCAUAUUUUGAUGAAGUGUUCCCCAACAACAAAUUUGUACAGGAGCAAGCCACUGGCAGGAGUCAACUUGAAAAUAAAAGUGAUGCUUCAUCUAAAUCAGUUGUCUUCCCACAAUGGAAACUUAAGUACAGCUACAAUCUUCUAAAUCUUAACCCUGUGCUUACAAAAGAUGCUUGGUUUCAUACAUCAAACAAGUCUGGGUAUAAAAGCUGCAUGGAUAAGAGAGGAUCUUUCCCAUACUUUGACUUUUCAUCAGUCAAAGAUCCUUGCAAGGCUUAUAGGGAAAGAUAUCUUGCCAGUCCUGAACAUGAAUUUCAAUCUGCACUUUCAUAUUCCAGCGAGCCUAAUGUAGCUGCAGUGGGUACAAAUGAACACCAUGAAGAAUUUGGCCAUAGCAGAGAAGGUGUUCCAGUUGAUCAAUCCAAUAUAAGUCAUACUUAUUCAUCUCCCAGCUCAAAGGGGAAAGCACAUGAUGUGGAUCUUGUAGAAGGUGUUUCUGGUGGAGCUGAAUGGGAAAGUUCCCUAAACUAUUCUAGUAAAAUUAUCGAACAUUGUGCUGGAGGUCACAGACAGAGUUCAACUGUUACUGGUGAGACACCACUUGAUGUCAUCAUAGACAAAUGCAUGCUACAAGAGAUCAUGCUUCAAUAUAAGUAUGUUAGCAGUUUCACUAUCAAGUUGCUUGAGGAGGGAUUUAAUCUACAAGAACAUUUGUUUGCAUUGCGGCGGUAUCAUUUUAUGGAAUUGGCAGACUGGGCAGAUCUGUUCAUUGUGUCUCUUUGGCAUCAUAAAUGGUAUGCUGCACAAGCAAAUGAAGGAAUAUCAGUAAUCCAAGGACUACUUAAUUUGGCAGUUCAGAGGUCUUCAUGUGAAAGAGACCAUUACAAGGAACGAUUAUUUGUGUACAUGAAAGGACCGGGCAUGAUGCCCAUUUCUGCUUCCUCUAUUGGAAUACAUUCCUUUGAUUUCAUAGGAUUGGGUUAUAGAGUGGAUUGGCCAGUUAAUAUUGUUCUGACCCCUGAUGCACUGAAAAUAUACGCUCAGAUAUUCAGUUUCCUGAUUCAAGUCAAGCUAGCUCUUUUUUCAUUAUCUGAUGUAUGGUGUUCAUUGAAGAAUUUGGUGCAUUCAGUGAGUGAGAAUCGUAGACCUGGUGUAGGCGUACAGAAUUCGAGUUACUUUAAUGUCUUAAUUAAGCUAAGACUCCAGAUGAAUCACUUUGUGUCAACUUUACAGCAAUAUGUGCAGUCGCAGUUGUCGCAUGUAUCCUGGUGCAGGUUUCUUGACUCCCUUAAGCAUCAGGUCAAAGAUAUGUUGGAUCUGGAGUUGGUGCAUAUGUCGUAUCUUGCUGAUUCGCUCAACAUAUGUUUCUUGUCUGGUGAAACACAACCUGUGGCUAGCAUCAUUGAGAACAUUUUGCAGUGUGCACUUGAUUUCCACUCUUGUGUUACUCGGGAUAUUUGUGGGGUUGCAUCAGAGCAUGAAGAUUCACAAAAGCUGCUUGCUCGGAUAAACUUUUCCCAGGUGCUCACCAUCAAGGAAGCCUUCGAGAAAAAUCUUAAAGAAUUAUAUAUCUGUUAUCUGAAGUCCCCAAAACAUGGAAAGUUUGGUCUUUGUGGUUUCUGGAAGUGUCUCAAUUAUAAUGACUACUACUCCAACGCCAUUGGCAAUGGAAUAAGUCCUUUUGCUUUGGGAACCUGAUGUUUUACAUAUCCUAGGCAGUAAGGGAAAUGUCAUUGGCAAUAGAAAUAGCCACUGUUCUUUGGGGACCUUAGCUUUCGCAUUUAGGAGACAGCUUGAGAAAUGCUUCACUAGCCAUAUGUUGGGAAAAGAGUUGAAGAGGUUCAAUAUAUGAAACUGCUAAUGCCUGCACCAUGGUUGUGGUGAUUAGAGCUGCAGUCAAAGAGUUCUUUUGCCAAGAGGUGGGACCAUCUUUGUCAAACAACCCAGAGAAAGGUAGCGUUGAAGAAGCAUAAAACUGCCGUUCGUAGUGUCAACUAUUGUCGUUUUGCUUUCAGAUGCCUGGAGUGUUCAUCUAUGGCAAUUUAUUGAUUGCAUUCUAGUUGAUGUUCAUGUGGAUAUUUUUACCACUGUUCUGUUCCCCCAAGUAUACGAGAGGACCACCUUUAAGUCUCAGCUGCAAACUAGUAACACUUUUUUGUCAGGAUUUAAUAUGGUGAUUCAACUGGGAUUCUGGAAAGCUGUCUCGGUGCUGUAAAAUGACACUUGAGCAUGAUUUGUGAUGUUCCAAAAAGGUAGUUGCUGGUUCAGUCUCAGGUU